CUCUUCCUACCCUGCAUACUCAAGCCCCUAACCAAUUUGGAACCAUGAAGUGGGUAACAGUCAUCUCUUGCCUUUUCUUGCUAAGCUUUGCUGAAUCAAGGGGAUUGCCCAGAAGAGCUCGGGAUGUAGAAAUUAAAACCAUCAAACAGGCCUAUGCACUGACAGGUGAAGAUUUCUUUGAUGCUCUCUUAAUCCUGAAUGCCCAGGAGCUGCGGAAAGCCACAUAUGAAGAAGUAAAGGAACUGGCAGAAAAAGGUGUCGAGCUUGCAAAGAAAUGUACUGCUGAUGAAAGUUCAGACAAUCAAUGUUCAGAAUCUCUGUCUCUCAUAUUCGGUCAUUUAAUGUGUCACGAUAACGCUCUGAUUGAGAAAUAUGGAUACACUGCAUGCUGUGCUAAAGAGGGUGCAGAGGAAGAAGAAUGUUUUCACGCCCUUAAAAAUGAAGCAGUUAUUCCAGUCUACCAACAUCCACCUGCAGAGGAAGCCUGCAAACAGUAUCAUGACAACAAGGUAGAAGAAAAGCACCACUUUGAGUAUGAGGUUGCCAGAAGGAAUCCUUCUGCAAACGUUGCCGCAAUCCAUGCUGCAGCUGAUAGGCACGAGCAUGCUUUGGAAGAAUGCUGCAAGGCUGAGGACAAGGAUGCCUGCAUCCACGAAAAGGCACCAGCGAACAAAAUUCUACUGAAACGAGAUAUUGCUGCUCAGCAAGUGGCUUGUCACAUCCUGAAGCACUCAAAAGAUGAGAUGCAUACUUUGAAACUUGCCAAUCUGGCCCAGAAGUUCCCCAAGGCUACAGCUCAUGAUCUUGAAGAACUGGCUAAGGAUAUUGUGCAUGCUCACGAAGAGUGCUGCAAAGGCCAUGAAGUGGAGUGUUUGCUUGCUAGGGGAGAUAUGAUAGCCCAUGUCUGUGACCACCAAGAAAAAUAUUCUACUAAAGUGCAUGACUGCUGUGAAAAACCCUGGCUGGAUCGAGCGGAUUGCCUUAUCAAUGUAGAAAAUGAUGAGAAGCCUGCAGAUUUGUCUGCAACAGUCCCGGAGUUCUUAGACAAAAGUGCAUGCCAGAAACAUGCUGAGAAUAAGCAAGACCAUCAGGAUAGCUUUACAUAUGAGUAUGCAAGACGGCACCCAGAGUUUUCAAUCCAGCUAUUAGGGAGACUUACUGACGGUUAUGAAGACUUGCUGGUUAGGUGCUGUGCAAUGGAGCAUCCUGAGACAUGCCUUCCUGAAGGGGAAGAGAUGCUCAAAAAGCAUGUUGCUGAAACCCUAGAAGUGGUAAAGAAGAACUGUGAUGCCCAUUCGAAAUUAGGAGACUACUUCUUCCACAAUGAGCUCCUUACAUCUUACACCAAGAAAGCACCCCAGCUAGAAGGUGAGGAACUGCUGAAGUACACAAAGGGCUUUGUUGGUGUUGCUAACAGAUGCUGCAACCUGGAUGAAGGUCACAAACUGAAAUGUGCAGAGGAAAACACGGGCUUAGUGCUAGGAAGUAUAUGUGCGCGGCACGAUGACCACAACAUAAACAAACAAGUCUGCAAGUGCUGCAGUGGCCACUAUGAUGAUCUCCGGGAAUGCUUUGGUGGCUUGGGAGUAGAUCCAGAAUACCAUGCUCCUGCCUUCAAUGCUGAUCUGUUCCACUUAGAUGAAGGCAUAUGCACAGAUGCUCCAGAAGAAGCACAAAGAAAAAAGCAAACCUUGCUCAUCAACAUGAUUAAGACUAAGCCUGACAUCACAGAGGAACAGCUUGUGAGUGCGAUCGUAGACUUCCAGGGCCUGGUGACAAACUGCUGUGAGGCAGAGAACCACAAAGUUUGUUUUGACACUGAGUUUCCGAAACUAAUCGUAAAGCUUCGUGCAGAUCUUGGAGUGCUCUAAAUAUCUCAGAGGUGGAAGAAUGCUGGAGAUAAAGUUCAAAUAUGCUCAAGCGCCCUUCUUUACUUGCUUGCUUGCUUGUUACAUGUCAAUUUCCUGACUCA